UUAAUAGAAAGCUAAUAAUUAAAUAUUAUUUAUUAUAAUUAAAAAGCAGAAACAUGCUUCUUAAACUUCUUCAAUCAAACGUAGAAAGAUUAUUGAGUCUUCCAAUUCAUUUUGCAAGACCUUUAUCAACAACUUCAAAAUUAAAUAGUUUAGCGGAGUUCUUUCCUCCUGGCGUUUAUGAUUCUGAUAAAUUUGUUGAAGAAAAUCCUAAUAUUGGUAGAAAAUGGAAAAAAUCAGAACUUCGAAUACGAAGCAAUAGUGACCUUCAUAAAUUUUGGUAUGUUUUAUUAAAGGAAAAGAAUAUGUUAUUAACAAUGAGACAAGAAGCUAAGCGACUAGGUAUACCUGUGCCUGGUCCAACUAGAUUAGAUAAAGUUAACAAAUCUAUGUUGGCUGUUAAAUCAGUAAUUAAAGAAAGAAAUGAUGCUAUUUUGCAAAUUGAAAAAGAGCGACGGUUCAAGUUUGAUCCUCCACCAUUGCCAUAUAAAAUGCCAAAUAAAGCAGUAGCAGACAAAACUAAUAAUGAAAAAGAUGCAAUUUAGUUGAACAGUAAAGUUGUAGUAUGUAAUGUAUAAUGAGUUUUAAUGUAAAAAUAUGAAAUGA